AUGUCGCAGAUGAUGGGGAUCCUACCAAUCCUGUUGGAGCUGGCGAGUGAGUUGCAAAAGCAGAAAUUCUCCCGACAGUUAGCAGAUAUCUACAUCAACCUUAAACAACAUUCCUUCCCAGAGCUAGGUCGUCUACAGCUCUCGCCGUCUGGGGCGCCGGAAGUUGGGCCAGCUUUUUUUGAUUACGAUUGUAAUGGGGCAAUACUUCCGUUUGGUCCAUUCAAUAAUUCGAAUGACUAUUACACAACAUUGAUUGAGCGGCGAAUUCAACGUAUUAAAGAUGGCGAGAUAGCAACAUCUGCACCUGCCGACCUAUACCUAGUAUACAUGACAUUGCUUCACCAUCUCCCAUCCAAUGACUCUGGUCCCUUUUUCCUCCGUCAUAUCGAUUCAAGAGAUUCGAAUUUCUUGGUUGACGAUGAGUACAACAUUACAGGUAUUAUCGAUUGGGAAUUGGCUACUAUAACUUCAAAAGUUUCCGCAUUCCAGUCCCCACUCCUCAUGUACGAUCUGGGGCGAGCUGUAUCAGACAAUGAGCUUUCCAUGAUAGUAGCCCAAAAGAUGCACUUCAGGGUUGAUAUAUGUAUCGAGGCUGAUCCUCAUAAUCGUGAGAAUUUCGUUAGUGUUUUCACUGGGUGGUGGAAGGCUGCGUACGGGAUGGAAAUAUUUGAUUGGAGUGUAUGGCGCAAGGAGGCAAUGAUCGAAUAUGGCGAUGGGGGUCUACUUGAGAUUUAG